AUGAUUAAGUGCACAGUACCGGACAGUUCACCACUGCUGGACUUUGCAGACUAUGGCUGCUUUUGCGGUUUAGGUGGUACAGGGACGCCUGUUGACCAGCUCGACCAGUGUUGUUUUACCCAUGACACCUGCUAUGGCACAGCAAUUACCCUGGAGUCCUGCUCAUCAUUGUUUGACGAUCCCUACACAAACAUAUACGAGUACAAGUGUGAUGAGAAUACCAAAACUGUCACAUGUCUGGACAGUAAUGAUGAGUGUGAUAUGUUCAUCUGCCAGUGUGACAAGACUGCAGCGGAGUGUUUUGCUCAAGCACCUUAUAACGCCUCCAAUAAUCAUCUAUCCUCGAGUGUUUGCAGCUCAGCUUCCAAAGACAUCAGCAGCUUUCUCAUCACUCUUACUGCAUUCAUGGUCACUCUCACACCACUAUAUAGCAACAAAAUACCCUGUAAUAAGUGAAAUGUGCAUGUACAGAACAUAAUUGUGUUAUUUGCUGUCAUUUUGGUCAUUAAAAAAAAACAAC